AUGUCAAGCCAACCUUUGCUCCAGACCGCUCCAGGCAAGCGCAUUGCUCUCCCCACCCGCGUCGAGCCUAAGGUCUUCUUCGCCAACGAGCGUACCUUUCUCUCAUGGCUGAACUUCACCGUCAUUCUCGGCGGUCUCGCCGUCGGUCUGCUCAACUUUGGUGACCGCAUCGGUCGCAUCUCGGCCGGUCUCUUCACCAUCAUCGCCAUGGCCGCGAUGAUCUACGCCGUCGUCACAUUCCACUGGCGUGCACGAAGUAUUCGUCGUCGUGGGCAGAGCGGCUUCGACGAUCGCUUCGGUCCCACUGUCCUGGCCAUUGCGCUGCUGGCUGCUGUCGUCGUCAACUUUAUUCUGCGUAUGCGCGAUGGUGAGCUCAACUAG